AAUUUCCAACUAAAAUAUAAGUAGCAGAGUAUCAUCCAUCGCACGCUCCCAGAGUUCAAAUAUCUCUUUGAAACUAACGGCUCCGUAAGGUGAUAGCAUACACAGUACUAAAAACAGGUCAGAAGAUCUCGUGAAAGUUAUACAUCUCAGCCUUGUCUCCUCUCUCUCUCUCUCUCUCUCUCUCACCAAAAGAUCCUCGUGAGUAAGAGCCUUUCAAAAUCAAAUGCUCCCAUCACCCAUUUUCAAAUUCCCAUACAAACACACCAUUACAAAUACCCCACCGCCAAUGCAAAGGAAAAAAAAAACACCCAUGACAAAACAUGGCUCACCAAACAAAUCCAUCCAAGGGACCCAAGAUCAUCUUCCAUCUUCCCUUCAUCUCAUUUAUGCUCUUAUUCCUUGUGGGACCUACUCAUGCUCAGGUCCACAAUCUCCAAACCUACAUUAUCCACCUCCACCCUCAGUUCCUGACCACCUCAGGCUUCAGUUCAAGGCUCCAAUGGCACCUCUCAUUCCUGGAGAGAACCAUCCUCUCCAAUAACGGCACCCCACCGUCUUCCCGCCUUCUCUACUCCUACCACUCUGCAAUUGAAGGUUUCGCAGCCCGACUCUCCGAACAUGAACUCGCUGUCCUACGAGCCACACCUGGCGUGAUCGCAAUCCUUCCCGAUCAUCGACUCCAGUUACAGACCACUUACUCAUACAAGUUCUUAGGACUUGAUUCCUCUGGAGAUAGCCCAUGGGCUAGAUCUAAAUUCGGGCAAGGGAUGAUAAUCGGAGUCCUUGAUACUGGAAUCUGGCCCGAAAGCCCGAGCUUCAACGAUCACAACAUGCCGCCCGUUCCUAACAGAUGGAGAGGGAUUUGCCAAGAAGGCCAGAGCUUCAAUGCUUCCGCCUGUAACCGUAAGCUCAUUGGCGCUCGAUUCUAUCACAAAGACCACCGAAAAUCUCCAUCCUCACCGUCCAUCACAGAGUACCUAUCCCCACGCGACGCGCAUGGACAUGGUACACACACGUCAUCGAUCGCAGCAGGGAAUUCCGUCAUCGGAGCGAGCGUGGUCGGCAACGGCGCCGGUGAAGCUCGAGGAAUGGCGCCCGGGGCCCACAUCGCAAUUUACAAGGUCUGCUGGUUCGGCAGCUGUUUCAACUCAGAUAUAUUAGCUGGAAUGGACGAUGGCAUUAGAGAUGGAGUCGACGUCCUUUCUCUCUCCUUAGGCGGUUUCCCGCUUCCACUCUACUACGACAGCAUCGCUAUCAGCAGUUUCAGAGCGACAGAAAGGGGUAUUUUGGUAGUUUGCGCAGCGGGAAAUAACGGUCCGAUUCCGUACUCGGUCGCCAACGAGGCUCCUUGGAUAACUACCGUGGGGGCCAGCACAGUCGAUCGGAGAUUUCCGGCGAUUGUGAGAAUGGGCAACGGUCAGAUUCUAUAUGGAGAAUCCAUGUACCCGAGGACCCAUCUAUCAAAUGACGGGAAAGAGCUAGAUCUGAUCUACGGUGGGAUCGACGGUAUGGAUGGCGCGGAGUUUUGUUACAACGGCACUCUUUUAAAAAACAGAAUUGGCGGGAAAAUGGUGGUUUGUGAUCGAGGGCCGACCGGAAGAGCUGUGAAAGGCGAAAUUGUUAAAGAAUCCGGCGGGGCUGCGAUGAUCUUGGCCAAUACAGAAAUCAAUGAAGAGGAAGAUUCCGUCGACGUGCAUGUCUUGCCGGCGACGUUGAUCAGCUAUGCAGAGUCGAUUCGCUUGAAGCUUUACAUAAAUUCCACAAUACGGCCCACUGCCCGGAUCGAAUUCGAAGGAACGGUGAUCGGAAAAUCUAGAGCGCCAGCCGUCGCGCUUUUUUCAUCAAGAGGGCCGAGUUUAACUAACCCUUCUAUUAUCAAACCUGAUUUGAUUGCUCCUGGUGUGAAUAUAAUCGCUGCUUGGCCAGAAAACCUGGGUCCCACAUCGCUUCCAGAAGAUUCUAGAAGAGUGAACUUUACCGUCUUAUCGGGAACUUCCAUGGCUUGCCCUCACGUUAGUGGGAUUGCAGCUUUGCUACGAUCGGCCCACCCAUCAUGGAGCCCGGCCGCGAUUAAAUCUGCGAUCAUGACAACCGCAGAUGAUGCGGAUCAUUUAGGAAAUCCGAUAAUGGACGGCUCAAAACCUGCAGGAAUCUUUGCGAUGGGAGCUGGACAUGUCAAUCCAAGAAGAGCGAUGGAUCCAGGGCUGAUCUAUGACAUCAAGCCCGAUGAAUACAUCAUCCAUCUAUGUAAUCUCGGAUACACGACGCAGGAGAUCUUCGCCAUCACUCAUCGCAAUGUCAAUUGCUAUCGACUUUUAUCAAAGAACGUUGAUUUCAGCUUGAAUUACCCGUCCAUUUCAGUGAUCUUCAAGCGGGGGACGGUGAGGAAGAUGAUCAGACGGUGGUUGACGAACGUGGGCCCACCUAAUUCAACGUACUUAUUGCAAGGAAACGCACCCCAAUGGGUGAAAAUGAGAGUUAGGCCAGAGAGAUUAACAUUCAGUCAUUUGUAUGAAAGGAAGGACUAUAGAGUCUGGUUCAUCUCAAGGAAGAGAAUAGCUGAAAAGAAGGUGAGUUUUAGUCAAGGACUCUUGACAUGGGUGCAUAAUCACCAGAGUCAGUACAAGGUUAGGAGUCCAAUUUCAGUUACAUGGGCAGUAUAGGCCCCGUUUGGAUGGAAAAUUGAAUUGGAUUGCGAUAUCCAGUUUAAUAAAAUGGUAGUGACCAAGUUGUAUUUUUCUUCUUUAGCAUUGAUAUCUUGAGAAUUAGGCUUCUAAUCAAAGAUAAUGAGUACUAGAAAUGUCGUCCCAAUUUGAUUA